UUUACCUUCUCCACACACACACACUCUCUCUCUCUCUCUCUCUCUGACACUACAUUGCGGCUAGGGUUUCACCAAACCCACCCACUUCUCCUUUUAUCUCAUCCCCCCUUUCUCUCUAUCUCACUCACAAACUCUCCUUUACUUAACUCAACUAUAACUAAUCCGAUCUCAACUAAAUAUGGCAAUCUCUAAUCGGAACUAGCCUCUCACUUUCUACAAAAAUAAAAAAGAAAUCUUUAAUAUCUUUAAGGAUUCUUUACUCUCAUACCAAACCAUAAGAAAAUGGCAACGGCGAACCCUUUUGAUUUGCUUGGCGAUGACGAUAACGAUGACGUUUCACAGCUUGUGCAAAAGAUUGCUUCUGCACCUGUCAAGAAAGCUCCGGCUCCGGCGGCGGCUAUUGCCGGUAAAACGGCGGCUAAGCCGGCGGCUAAACUUCCCACCAAGCCCCUUCCCCCAGCUCAGGCUGUGAAAGAGGCUAGGAAUGAAGGUGGGCGUGGAGGGCGUGGACGUGGUUAUGGACGGGGACGUGGUGGAGGCGGGUAUAAUAGAGACUCAGGUAGCAACGAGACUUCGUUUGGUAACAGAGGGUUUUCUGGUGAUCAAGGUGCCGUUGAGGAGUCUGAUACUGGAAAAGGGUAUGAGAGACGAGUUGGUUAUGGUGGUCCUCGUGGUGGUGGUGGUUUCCGUGGUGGUCGUCGUGGUGGAUUUACUAAUGGAGAUGUUGAGGAUGGAGAUCGUCCACCUCGUCGACCAUAUGAACGACGUAGUGGGACAGGCAGAGGGAAUGAGUUCAAGCGCGAGGGAGCUGGUCGUGGGAACUGGGGAACUCAAGAAGAUGAAAUUAUUCAGGAGACCCAGGAAGUGGUGAAUGAAGGGGAGAAAACUGUGGCUUCUGAAAAGCUGGUGUCUGAGGAAGAGGCAACAGAUGAGAAAAAGGAGAAUGCUGCAAAUGAACCCGAGGAGAAAGAGCCAGAGGUUAAGGAGAUGACUCUUGAAGAAUAUCAAAAGGUUCUUGAGGAGAAGAGGAAAGCUUUAGAGGCACUCAAGACUGAUGAGAGGAAGGUGGAAGUUGACAAAGAGCUCGCGUCCAUGCAACAGCUCUCCAACAAGAAGAGCAACAAUGAGAUCUUUGCUAAACUGGGCACUGACAAGGAAAAGCGUAAAGAGAUUGCUGAGAAAGAAGAUAAAACUAAGAAGUCUCUCAGCAUCAAUGAGUUUUUGAAACCUGCUGCGGGUGAAAGAUCCUUCUCUUCAGGUGGCCGUGGGCGUGGACGUGGUCCUAGAGGCGGAGGUGGCGGUGGACGUUAUAACCAAGGUGGUUCAUCUAGCUAUGCUGCUGAGGCCCCAAAAAUUGAAGAUCCAAGUCACUUUCCUACUUUAGGUGGCAAGUGAGCCUCUCCGUCUCUGCCUCUCUCCUGUCAUCAUCUUUCCAACACUUUUAGAAUGGCAGAAGCAUACUAGAAUAAUGGAGUUCUAUGUAUUCAAAACGUCCCAGAAGUGUACAUCUGUUUUCUUUUUCAUGUGUACCCUGUAUUGUGUCAGAAUUCGAUUUAGAAGUGUUUUUUUUUUUUUUUGUUUUAUUAUAGUUUUUAGAGAUUUUGGGACAAAUGAAGACUGAUUUAUUUGGUACUUUGAGAUACUUGUUUUCUCAUUUUUGUUAUGGAAUAGAUUGAUGGCGGUUUUUGCAA